AUGAAGGUCACAUGUGUGAUUAAGGAUAGUUCUGAGUUGGAAGCUUAUCUCCUUCACGAGUUGGCCAAACAGUCACCCUCCUUAUUUGAUAAAGGGAUUAUGAGGGAAAACACGAAGAUUGUUCUUGGUAACAUCCUAAAGUCGAAACGCACAACGGAAUGUGGUGCUCACGGUACUGAGGAGGAAACUUUAUCUUAUAAAAAAACAAACAAGAUGGCUGCUUCCAUAAGAUCAUGUGUUUACAAACAACUGAAAUCAUUUACUAGCAUAAAAUACAACAGCAACGGAUUUUCCACAUGUGUGCCGAUUUACAGGGCUUGUUAUAGACAAACUAGACAUUUGGGGGUGUUGGGAGAUGGUCAACAUUGUGAUAUAAGAAUUCCAUCGCAGAAAUACACACCGACAAGAACUCCGUGCAGACAGAUUUCAUUCAGCUCACCUGUGUUGAGUUCAGAAGAAGCCAGUGUGGAAAAGGAAGAGGAGAAAGAGGAGGAGUAUCAUUCAAUAAUUAAAGACACUGAAAGAGGAAAAGGUCCCACUGAUGAACAUGAAUUUCAGGCAGAGACGCGCAAGUUGCUAGACAUUGUUGCCAAGUCCCUGUAUUCUGAAAAGGAGGUGUUUAUUCGUGAACUGAUUUCCAAUGCCAGUGAUGCAUUAGAAAAGUUGAGAUAUUUGGAGCUGCAGGGAGCGGACAUUGUUGACAAGGACGUCCCUCUGGAGAUACACCUGGCAACAGAUGACAACAAAAAAACAUUUACCAUACAGGAUACAGGGGUUGGUUUAACAAAAGAAGAGUUGAUAGAAAACAUUGGAACCAUUGCUAAGUCAGGAUCACAGACAUUUGUUGAUCAGAUGGCAGACAAGGCAGAUAUAAGCAGUUCACUGAUUGGUCAGUUUGGUGUUGGUUUCUACUCAACGUUCAUGGUUGGUGAUAAUGUGGAAGUGUUCACUCUUUCUUACAAACCAGGCUCAACUCCACUGAAAUGGAUAUCAAAAGGAACCGGCUCGUACGAAGUGUCAGAGGCAGAAGGAGUUCAGCGUGGUACAAAGAUUGUUGUCCACCUCAAAGGAGACUGCUACGACUUCGCUAAGGAAGAGAUUAUUAACAGUGUCGUCAUAAAGUACAGUAACUUUGUUGGUGUUCCCAUAUAUCUGAAUGGAAAAAGAAUUAAUGUAGUAGAUGCCUUGUGGAUGCUUGACCCUAAGAGUAUUACAGAGGACAUGCAUGAAGAGUUCUAUCGCUUCACGACAAACAGUUUCGACAAACCGCGCUAUCAUCUUCACUACAAGGCAGACGCACCCCUCAACAUCCGAGCUCUCUUCUACGUCCCGGAAUACAAACCUACUCUGUUUGAAAUGAGUAGAGAAACAGACGUGUCACUGACCUUGUACAGUCGUAAAGUGAUGAUUUUACAGAAAGCUAACAACAUACUGCCCAAGUGGCUGAGAUUUGUUAAAGGUGUUGUUGACAGUGAAGACAUUCCACUGAAUUUGAGUCGAGAGUUACUGCAAGACAGCGCUUUGAUCAGGAAACUGAGGAUGGUGCUGACAAACCGGUUUCUGAAGUUCCUGCUGGACCAGUCUAAGAAAGACAAAGACAAGUACCUCCAGUUCUACGAGGACUACGGCAUGUUUGUACGAGAGGGCAUCGUCACCACCAUGGAGCAAGACCAGAGGGAAGAUAUUGCCAGAUUAAUGAGAUUUGAAUCAUCCAAGUUUCCAGCAGGGGUCAAGGUUGGUCUGGAUGAAUAUGCUUCACGGAUGAAAGCAGGAUCAAGAGAGAUCUACUUCCUCGCAGCUCCUAACCGUCACCUAGCGGAAGGGUCUCCGUAUUUUGAAGCUCUGAGGAACCACGAUAUCGAGGUUCUGUUUCUGUACGAGCCGUACGAUGAGCUGGUGCUGCUCAACCUGACUCAGUUUGACAAGAAGACUCUGAAGUCAAUCGAGAACGAGAUCGCGGGCAGCAAGGACGACACGGAGACGGUCGAUAACAAAGAUGAAAACAGUCUCACACAGUCCGAUAUGACUGGACUCAUGGAGUGGAUGAAAAGUGUGUUAGGAAACAAAGUGAAUAAAAUAAAAGUCACACAAAGACUGCAUAAUCACCCUUGUAUUGUGACUGUGGUGGAAAUGGGGUCAGCACGACAUUUCCUGCGUACAUCUCUUGCUGACAAGACUCCUGAAGAAAGAUACAGACUGCUGCAGCCAACACUAGAACUGAAUCCAAGCCAUCCACUGGUAAAGAAGCUGAAUAGUCUCUCAACAUCUGAUCCCAGUUUGGCUACGCUCUUAGCAGAACAGUUGUUCGAGAAUGCAAUGAUCAAUGCUGGUUUGGUAGACGACACAAGAAGCAUGGUUCAACGGCUGCACGAACUUCUGGAGAAAGCUCUACAGGACAAAUAGACAUCUUGCCAUUCUCAAAGUUAAAGAAUAGCUUGCAUAUGUCAGAAAAAUUCAUCAUUCUAAGAGGCACAAAGUGAAUAGUGCAUUUAUCACAGUGAGAAAUUUAAAACAAGUUCCAUAGAUUUCAAAGAAUAACUAUUAAAUAUCAUUAUGAAAAUUGUCCUCUUGCAAUUCACAUACACAGGUUAUAUUGCACGUAGUUGUAAAUAGAACAGUUUUAAACAUCUUACAAGUUUAUAUGACGGUGAACAAUAUUCAGUGACAUAUUGUGCUGGAUAGAUGACUAUGGAUCUUCUCAGAGUGCUAGUAGAUCAAUAGAAUUAUAGUUCUUUGUACAAGAGUCUUAAUUUAAUAUACUAGAAUAAAACCAUCCUUAUUGA